UCCAUCCAUCUUUUAGCGGGUCUGGGAGAACCUGGGACCCGCCCGGGGCCGUCCUAGCUCAGAUCUCUGGGUUGAACGCGGUCAGGAUGGGUGAUGUCAGCCCGAGCUGUCGGUCCUAGGUGAUCGCUCUGGGGGGCGGGUAGGGGAAUCUGCACCGCAGGCCCCCGCGCCCCCUGCGGGCGGCCACUGUUCAGAUCCUGUCUCCUUGGGGUGGCUUUUGGAUUUGAAAGGUGCCCUCCUCCCGCGGGGGCAGGGAGGGGUGCGGAUCUCAGCACGGGAGGGGUCAUCUGCCCAGAAACUGAGCUCCGCUGGGCCUUGGCUCCGUGGUGCACCCGGGCAGGUGGUGUGGGGUCACUCAAAGGUCACAGCUUCCUCCUGCCCCCCGCGGGCACGAGGGUCGUGGAGCUGUCUCCUCCACUGCCAGCCAGACUCUCUUGCAGCCCACGACCCCCCAGGCCCUGGCCCCACUUUUUCUUGCACCUGAGGAUGCGCAGAGCCAGGCUCGACUGCGCCUCCGAACCCCCAGAAACUCCUGGUUACUCCAGAUCCCCCCGAACCCCCCCGGAACUUCUCCGUUUCCCCAGAACCCGCGUAAAAUCAGGCAGACCUCCCCCGCGCAGGGGUACAGCGGGGCGCAGGCCCGGAGGCCCGGGUUGCCGGGCGGAGCCCUCGCCCGAUUGGCCGCGGCCUCGAUACUUUGUUGCGACCCGCCUCCUCCCGGGAGCUGCGGGCAGAGCACGUGCGGCGAGCGCGGAAGUGGGGCACGGCGAGCAGCAGGGCGGGUGCCUCUGGGCAGGAAUCUCGGCCUUUGCUGCGGAGCAGCGCACCCCGAAAGGUACCGGAGCGGGGCUGGGCCAAGCCAGGCCGGGGGGUGCCCGGGGCAGGGCGCCCGGUAGAGCCACCCUCCCCCGGGUCUCCUCCAUCCCUGCCUGGGGGCUGGGGCCCUUCCGUGUCCUGGGUAUCCCCCCAAGAGGCCACUUCGUUCUUGAACUCCAAGGUCCCGUCCGCGGAAGCCUGGCUCUUAACCUCCUGCCUGGCCUCCUUCCCUAGAGUGCUCGGGCCGAGGUUGCGGGGUUGGGGCGGGCUGCGCUGGAAGAAGCCGGGGUCCUGCCAGGAGCCCUCCCCUUCCUCCCCACCAAAGCCCUGGAACCUCGGCUCCCUUGAGGGACGUGGGAUCUGGGGCCUCCCGCCCAACGCGAUGGGGAGAAACGCUGGGCCCGGAGUUAGGAUCUGGCGAAGGGCGCUAAGGCUCAGAAGCCGUGGAAUAGAUGGGAGCGUUUCCCCCUGCUGGGCGGCCCCGGGUGCUGAGGAGGACCCAGGGGGCGGUGCAGGGCGGAAAGAACUAGAAACUGGGCCAGAUCCUCCGCCAGGGAGCGCGCACAGGCCUGCCCUCUGCGGUUCCGCGCGCGCAGAUCCUUAUCCCCUGGGGGGAAGCAGUUGGGCGGCGUCUGCUAAAGCCACAAUGCCGUGGAGCACCAGCCUUUAACCUCGCUUAGGCGAGUCGUCUGUGGAAGUAAGAGGAAUCGUGACCAAAGGUAUCCGGGUUACUAUGCUGACGAGUGCCCGGGGUUGGACAGGUGUUGAAGCGGGUCUGGCCCCUUCUGUCGUGCGUGCCCUGCGGGCGCAUUCCUGUGAGUUAGGGAAUAUGCCUGGGGUGGUGGCCAGACGAGUCACGGCAUAAGUAGUCUCUCUUUUGGUAAAAACUGCUGUAUGCAUAGUCAGAUUUUUAUAAAAAAAAUUCAUAAAGCCCUCUGGUCCAACUUGCCAUAGCUGACCCCUAUGUGUGUGGGCGGCAGUGCAGAGUGGAUGGACCAGGCAUAGGGUGGCCCACAAAAUGGUUCAUUCUUUUGUAUGUAUUUUUGAAAGUGUGGGAUUAAGGCAGUCUUUAAAAUUUUGUGUUUUUCAAAUAUGUUUGUUUAUUUUCAAGAUCAUAGUAGUCAAAAGCAGAUGGUGCUAGUCCUGCUCCGGCAGGCCCUGGGGCUCUUCUUUGUAGGAAUGUCAGCCACGUCUGCCAAGCCCUUAGCUCAGCCCCCCCCCCCCCACUGCUCUGAGAGGCCUAGGCAUCUGUGGGCUGGAUGGGGGGGAAAUCUAAUGACCCCAGUACACAGGGUCGCUGGCCUGAUGGAGCCCAGAGGAGUGAAACACGACUCGAUGACCUUGUCUGUGACAGACUGGGGCAAACAGAGAGGAGACAUGGGAGGACCAGGCUGGGCCCUGUGGGUGCGGCACAGGCGAAAGGGUCACAGGAAUGAGAUGAACCAUCGCAGUGACAGCACCGGGCACACAAAUGAGGACCGAAACAGGAAACUGUAGCAGGCACCGAUGCCCCUAUGCCUUUUCUCAGAGCGCUCCUGCCACCGUGUUACAAAUGCCUGUGGCAAGAGGGGCCUUGCCGAGGUGUGGAUGGGCGUGUAGUCAGCCCACAGGCAGUGCCGGCCAUCGUCAUGGCUGACGUCUUGUUUGCAGAGGCCCGGAACCCGACACAGGAUGCAGAGCUUCCUGAGGCUGCUGAAGGAGAGUGGGGGCACCGGGCCCCCCUUGGAGGGGCUGGUGACUCUUGCAGGCAGACUGUGCCGGGACCUCCAGGAUGACCCAGCCCAGGUGCAGCCCUUGGUCACCGCCGUGUUGGACAGUCCCCUCCGCCUGCACCUCCUGGACAACGUGGAUGUGGCCCUCGUGUGUGCCCGAGUGCUGGCCCAGCAGGACCAGCACCAGGCUGCCUGCCGCGUCCUGGAGGGAUGCCAGGUGCCCGGAGGCAGCCAGGAGCUGGUCCAGCUCUGGAACGACCUUCACUACCGUCUGGUCAUGAAGCGGCUGGGCGUGGCCACGCUCACCCCAGUGCAGAAGUUCCGCUGCAGAAAGAGGAACCCGCCCCCGCCCGCCCUCUGCCCCGACGGCCCGAAGAGCCGGAACUUCCCCCGAGACGUUCGCCAGAAGCUGCACGACUUCGCCUCCGCCGUGAGCACCAACCCCAGCAAGGCCGAGAGGGAGGACCUGGCGGCGGAGAUGAGCCUGAGCGCGGAGCAGGUGUACAACUGGUUCGCCAACUACCGGCGGCGCAGACGGGCCCUUCUCCAGCGUCGUGCGCCGGCCCCGGAGGACGCGGCGGUGGACCUCCGUGUGAGGGAGGCGGCUCCGGAGCGCCCGCAGCCCCCGGGCCAGCCCCGCCCUGGCCCCGGCGGCGCGGCCCGGCCUCGGUGGCCAGCAGGACCGGAGGAAGAUGGGCCCGCACAGUCCACGGAGACCACUCAAGGCCCAUGGGAGUCGCUGGCUCUGGCCCCAGACUUCCCUGGAGAUGAGACGCUGCCGAAGCCAUUGCCUCCCAGGUCUCUGCAGGGCAGUGAGAUGUACCAGGAGGGUCCUGGCCGAAGCCCUGCCACUCUCCCCCACAUCUGCCCAGGCCCUGGCCUCUGCCCUCUGACUUCUGGCAGUGACAUACUGGACUCUUCCCUGGCUGCCCCUGAGUCAUGGCUGAUGUCCCUUGCACUGGCGUCCUCCAAGGAAGUUUCCUUCCAGACUGGGCAGCUGGUCCAUGGGCAUGGGCUGGACCUCACGAUGCGCCCCGCUGAUGCCACUGUGGCUGUGUCCAUCACUGCCCUCGGUGAGCCCAGUUCCACAGGAUUCGCUGACCCACCUGCUGGCAACCCCCCGAGCAUGUACCUGGAGGAAGGUGCAGGCACCAGCGGCGGCCAGGCAGAACAGCAGGCGGGUGGCUUCCUGGUGACACAGCCUCCUGAAUUCCUCCUAGCCCAGAGUCCGCUGGAGUUGGCACCGGGCCCUUCCUUCUCCAGCCCUGUUUCUGCUGUGGACCUGAGCCAGCCCGUGCCCUCUAGCCAGGUGCAGUGGCCCGAUGGCCAGGCCUCCAGUGAUGCCUUCUGGGGAGCCAGAAUGCUUCUUGAGCUUUCAGGGGGCAGCCUGGGUUGAGAUGUCCCUUUGGGGUAUCCAGCCAGUGCCCCCAGGGGAGCAGGCGUGGACAUCGAGCCUUUCAACACAUGUUACAUAGAGCUUUAUUCCGACUGAAGAGAGGCCCCAGGGUUCCUUUGGGGGGUUCCAGUGAGAAGCACUGAGGCUGCGUAGCCCCCUGCCGUGUUUGCAUAGUUUGGUUGGCUGCUUGCUGUAUCAGAGGAGGCAUUUGAGAAACGCUCUUGAGCCCAGAAGUCCAAGGGGUCUGUUUCACUCAGGCAGUGGGCGAUUGUGGAUUCGAGCUCCUGGGCUUGUAGGUUACGGGCAGGGAAGGCCUUUCUGGAGACAAAGGAAAAUGUUGCACUGCUGUCUGCCCUCCCUGCCCUAUGACAAGGCCGAGCUUCACCCAGUUAGGUUGGUGAGUGGGGCGUGGGCAGUGCUGUGACACUUCUGUGUCUUGGGGGUGAUGUGGUUGGGACGGCACAGGCAGGGUGGGCCAGGGUGCCUUUUCCCUGCAAGUUGGAGUUCACUGUGUUUGUAAAACAGAUGUUCUAUUCAAUUAAAUUGCAGUUCAAUGUUCUGAGCUCUCCCCUUUUACUGACCUGACUACAUCUUGGACACUUGUCCCUGUCAGUCCUUUGCCUUUUUGUCCCUGGCUGGCAUUCUGUGGCCUGCGUGUGCAUUGAGUGAUGGACCAGUACCCUAUU